CCUGACAUCUCUCGAACCCGUAAACGGCCCUUCUUUCCACCUUUGCCUCCUCCUCCGCCUUCUCCUCACAAGCGAACGCACCAGCUUAUUUCCCCCCUCAAUGUGCGCCGCCACACCCUCCCCGCGCGCAUCCCCAUGAGCGCACCCGCAUGGCCCCCGGCACCUCAUGGUUUGCCCCGCGAACCAACAAGCGCCGCCGCACCACCUCCUCCUCCGCCUACGAUGCCGAGAAGAAGCGCACAAUGAGCAACGACUUCGCCGAACCGAUGGGACCCCUGCUCGGCCAACCCGAGCCGCCUCCGCGCACGCGGCGAGGCGCUUGGAGGUGUCCGCGUCUGCCGCGGACUCGGAACCUUGCGCUUGUCCUUGCUGUGACUGUGCUUGCUGUUUAUCUGCUUUGGGGGGAUCGGAUUGCCACUCGGCCUGUGCAGCAUGCGCCGCCUCCGCCCGAUGCGCCGCUUGAGUGGGAGCGGUUUCCUUUGCUCAAGAGGUAUUAUGGCGGGGUGUUGUCUGUUGUGCCGAAGAGGGAGAAUACACCUGAGUUUCCGCGCCCCGGGGACGACGUGGAGUCGUUGCAGGAAAUCUUGGCAGAUGGAGAUGCGGACGAUGGAAGUACGGCGCAGCUUCCUAAGGGCAAGAUGCCGGCGGGUGUUCGAUUCGAUCCCUACGAGCCGUUGGGGAUCAAUACCAUCUACGAAGAAAGAGUGCCGUGUUUCUUGAAUGCAUCUAAUAAGGCGGAAAUACCCCAAUUACUCGUCUAUCCUGGUGUUCCCAGGGGCUUUGCGGAACCGGCGUAUGGCUCGCACGAUUUGUUUGGCUUGCGGAAUGAUAUUUGCUUUGAUCGGUUCGGGCGCUAUGGGCCGUAUGGCUAUGGAUAUAGUCGGAGUUCUGGUGGGCUCGGCGCAGGCAUAAAUGGUCAUCGAGAUGGGGCGCAGGAGGUCUGGGGUGGGAGUUUGGAAGUCGAUUACUCGAAGGUGAAGUGGGCGGAUGCGCAGCAGAGGUGUAUUGAGGCGAAUGCGCAUCGUUUUCGCGCGCCGACUGGAGAUGAAGCAAUCAACUCGCCGACCGGCAUGGGUUCCGGGCGGGCUCCCGAGAGUGCAACGGAGACUGCAGAGAAAACCACUGGACCGAACGGCAAACGUCUUGUUCCGCGGACGGCUGUUGUCAUUCGAACUUGGCGCGAUUUUCACUACGACGAGGAAGACAUCCUCUACCUCCGUGCAAUCAUCAAUGAGCUUGCGCUACAGUCCGGAGGGCAAUAUGUGGUGCACUUCCUGAUCCACGUCAAGAACAACGACUUGCAACUCUGGUCGGACGAAGAAACCUACCAGCAGGUACUUGAUAGUGCGCUGCCUGCCGAAUUCCACGGGAUGGGAACACUCUGGACCGAGCGGCAGAUGGAGCUGAUCUACGGCGGCGUCCCUCAAACGGUGUUCCGCGACCUGCCGGUAUUUGGCGUGUAUCGCAGCACCAAUAUGCCGCUCCAGUAUUUCGCUCACAGGCAUCCCGAAUACGACUUUUUCUGGCACUGGGAGAUGGACAUACGAUAUACCGGCCACUUCCACCAUCUCUUCGACAAGAUCAGCCAAUGGGCGAAGCAGCAACCGCGCAAGGAAUUGUGGGAGCGGAACGGUCGCUUCUAUGUCCCCGGCCACCACGGCAGCUGGCAAGAGUUCUCCAAGAUGGUGCACAACCAAACUGCAGUGCCGAGCAAGCAAGACCUCGACACACAGGCGCCAUCGGACCUCCCUCGGCCCAUUUGGGGCCCCUUACGGCCCACCGGCAAAGGCGACAAAACCGCCCGUCCAGAACAAGACCCCAUCGCACCUCACGACCAAUUCCACGACAACUACGACUGGGGCGUCGGCGAAGAAGCAGACCUCAUCACCUUCAACCCCCUCUUCGACCCCGACGGCACAAACUGGAUCCUCGCCGAAGACGUCACAGGCUACAACACGACGGAGACAUUCCCGCCGCGCCGCACAGCCAUCAUCACCGCCGCGCGCCUCAGCCGACGCCUACUGGAGACCAUGCACCGCGAAACGUCCCUCGAGCGGCACACCAUGUUCUCCGAAAUGUGGCCUGCGAGCGUGGCGUUGCAGCACGGGCUGAAGGCUGUGUAUGCUCCUCAUCCGGUGUACAUGGACCGGCGCUGGCCGCUGGGCUACCUGACGGGGAUUUUCAAUAAUGGGGUUAACGGGGCUACCGGAGGCAGGUUGCAGGCUGUCUUCAGCGACGAAAAUCAGCAUAACUUUUACCCUUCGACGUGGUAUUAUCAUGCGCGGUUUGCGGAGAAAUUGUGGAAGCGGUGGUUGGGGGUGAAGGUGGAUGGGGUGGGUGGGAAGGAGUGGGAGUUGGAUCCGAGUCCGGAUGGCUUGGAAAUCGACCACUCCCCCCACGCCCACCCCGCAGCUCCCGACUCCUCCCUCCCCGAAUCCUUCGCCCAAUACCGCGGCCGUGCAAUUCAACACGGCCCCCUCGCAGGGCAACAACAGCAACAGCAGAAGUCUACCUCGAAAUCCGGUUCGUCAGGUUCGAGCUCGGCUUCGGCCGCUGUGGCUCCUUAUGGGGCUAUUGGAGGGCAUAGCGGGAAGCAGUUGGGGAGUGUGCAGCCUGCCCAUGGCGAGUUCUGGGAUCGCGAGGAGUUGCCUGCGAGGUUUCGACGGAGGGUGUGGAGUGAGGAUGAGAUUGAGGCGGUGGAUAGUGCGGGGGCGAGAACAACAGUGACGAUGUAUGAAUACAUCCUCCACUCCCAAAUCCCCGCCGCGCAACAUGACCUCGUGCUCAAUAUCCUUGCCGGGGUGACGGCUAUGCAACCCGCGCCAUUCUACGAGCGAAACAUCAUCUACCAGCAGCUGAGGAGUGAGGAGGGCCAGACACAGCAGCGACUUCGCUACCACAGACUCCAAACCACCCCCGACACGCACCAGCACAAACUCCUCAUCGAAGAGACGCCCGACGCCGGCAUUAAGGAUGUCGCUGCGCGGAAAGUCAGCGAGCGCCUCCUUGUUGCCGAUGAGUUGCCCAAGUUUCGCUCGGGCUCGCAGGUGUACAGCUAUGUAGGACAGUAUGUGCUUAAAGGCUACCGCUUUGUGCAAGGGCAUGUUGGCAUACGGGUGUUUCGGGUUUAUGAGGUGACGGUGGCGGGGGAUGGGGAGGUUGUUGAUGCUCCGACGCCCUCCAAGGACGAGCUCAACCUCAUCGACAAAAGUGGCGCCUACAUCAUCGAAGCAAAUAUCCGAACUGAAGACAACGUGAGCCAGGAGAGUCGAGAUGCUGCCAAGGAGAAAUUAUUGCAGCUUGCGAAGAGUCUGGAGGGCAGUGCGAUUGAUCUUCGGCCAGCGGAUAGACUGGCAUUGAGUACGAAUGUGAAGAGUGUUUAGGUGAAGGGGGUAGUUCGAGUAGUUGAUCAGAUCUAGCUGGCCGCCCUCGCGCGUUGACGAGCAAGCUGGGAUAACGCUGAUGCGAAGGUGGUGCGCUCUUAUGCAUCGGCGGAUCUCAGAACAGACGACUACGAGAUAUUGAGGCCAAGGCCAUGAGAUCUGCGUCUAGAUGCACCCAUUGAACCACGUUAGGGUUUCAAGUGCAGUCGUUGGACAUCAUGGUGCUUGCUUGGCGUGUGUAGGUCAAUCGAAACCUAGAGCAAUAGCACGACGCU